GUCGGGUGUUCCUCUGCAGCCUGUCUGCGUGUUGUUGUGUGCAUUAACAGGCUGAGAGGAAGCAGAGAAACGCGCUGCGGUCCUUUUUAAAGACGGAACCUGGACACGUUGUGUGCAAGACUGCAUGGUGUAAUGUGACGAAUUGACUUACUACAUUUCAUCAUUUGCACUUGUGAAAAAUAGGUAUUUAUUUUUAUUAACCGAGAGGAGGCAUUCCGUCUAGCCGAGCAGGCGCUGUGUGGCUUUGUUGUUUUGUAAAACCAACCUUUUUUACGCGUUUCAUACUAUUUAGUCAGCCAGUUUUAGUGUAAUACAGUUUAGUACAAGAUGUCCACGGACUGCCAGAAGACCACUGCCAAGGCCAUCCCGUCCACCAGGAGGGUGACCAUCAACGACGCGGCGCACAUGCCCCUGGACUACUCCACGACCCCCGGAGGCACCCUGUUCAGCACGACCCCGGGUGGCACCAGGAUCAUCUACGACCGAAAGUUCCUGCUGGGGUGUCGCAGCUCUCCGGUGGCCAAGACUCCUCCGCGCGGUCUGCCCAAAAUUCCAGGGGUGACCAGCCCUCCCUCCAAGGACACCGAUGAGAAGGCCCCUAAUAGAGAACUACCGAACAGCAACAUCACAGCACCUGAUAGCAGCACCACUGGUGAUGACUCCCAGUUUGAAAUGGACAUCUAGGUGGUGCUGGAGCGAGGAUCAAGAUGUCAGACCAACACGAUGCUGUGAAGAGAGGCUCAGGAACCCCUUCUUAUUUCCCAUCAUCCAUUCCAUGAUGACCAAGGGUCGCCUUCAUUAUCUCCAGUGUCUUAGUGUUUUAAAAUCGGUCUUUAUUAAUCUCAAUUGCUUGCAGAUAAAAUCUGUAAUGGUUUUUUUUUCUGUCUGCCUCAAGGCUGAAAGCUGAUUUACGUGUGACACAGUGUGCCUUCCUAUAGUGGCUGUACAUUUAAAAUCAACACUAAGAAGUAAAAACCAACGAAACCUCAUCCAUAAGAACUGGGAUAAGUUAAUGAAAAUAAAGAUCAACAGGGAAGAGGAAUAAUUGUAAUUGGCUGCAUGUAUAACCAUUCCACAAGGGUUUUUCCCUUGAUGUGCUUUUGUCAACACAUUUCCUGACACCUUUCUUCUGCUGUUGUCUUGAAAUGUUCAAGAUACUGUAUAAUUUGUUUACCAUGCUCUCAAAAAUGAGUUAUUUACCUGAAGAACUCGUAAGAGAAUGGAAAACAUAAUUUUCUUGAUGACAUUUUUUAAACAGAUUUUUUCACACCGUUUGUAGGGUGACAAAGCAUUAAAGCAAACGCAAUUAAAUCAAA